AUGGUUAACGAUAAUGAUUCACCGAAGUCACCAACCGGACCACACUUCCUGUUCGUGACAUUUCCAGCACAAGGCCACAUAAACCCAUCUCUCGAACUCGCUAAACGCCUCGCCGGAACCUUCACCGGAGUUAGAGUCACCUUCGCAGCUCCAGUCUCCGCCUACAACCGUCGUAUGCUCUCCAAAGAAAACGUCCUCGAAACCCUUACCUUCGCCACUUACUCCGAUGGCCAUGACAACGGCUUCAGAUACUCCACAUCCUCCGACAAAACUCGCCAACUAUACAUGUCUGAAAUGAAACAACGUGGGAGAGAAACCCUAACCGAACUUAUCGACGAAAACCAUCGUCAAAACCGGCCUUUUACAUGUGUGGUUUACACCAUCCUCCUCACGUGGGUCGCUGAGCUAGCACGUGAGUUCAAGAUCCCUUCUGCUCUUCUCUGGGUCCAGCCCAUGACCGUCUUCUCCAUCUUCUACCAUUACUUCAACGGCUACGCAGAUACAAUCUCAGAGAUGGCUGAAAACAUUCAAAACAACCCUUCUGGCUUUAUUAAGUUUCCCUCUCUGCCACUGUUCAAUCUCCGUGAUCUUCCUUCCUUCCUCGUCCCUACGAACGCAUAUGCGUUUGUUCUACCUGCGUUUCGAGAACAGAUAGAGUCAUUGAAGCAAGAGGAAAACCCUAAGAUCCUUGUCAACAGUUUCCAAGAGCUUGAACAAGAGGCUCUAACCUCGGUUCUUGAUAACAUCAAGAUUGUCCCCAUAGGUCCGUUGAUAACCUCUAGCACCAACUCCAAGACAGACGCUGAAUACGUUAAAUGGUUGGAUACAAAAAGAGAUUCUUCUGUGCUUUAUAUCUCGUUCGGGACGCUUGCCGUGUUGAGCAAGAAACAGCUUGUGGAGCUUUGCAAGGCGUUGAUAGAGAGUCGGAGGCCGUUUCUUUGGGUGAUUACUGAUAAGUCGUACAGAAUUAAAGAAGAUGUGGAAGAGAAAGAAGAAGAUAGCAUAAGGAGUUUUAGAGAAGAGCUCAAUGAGAUAGGGAUGGUGGUUUCUUGGUGCGAUCAGUUUAGGGCUUUGAAGCAUAGAUCGAUAGGUUGUUACGUGACGCAUUGCGGGUGGAACUCGUCGCUUGAGAGCUUGGUCGCGGGUGUUCCGGUUGUUGCGUUUCCUCAGUGGACUGAUCAGAUGACGAACGCUAAGCUUUUAGAAGAUUGUUGGAGGACAGGUGUGAGGGUGAUGGAGAGGAAGGAAGGGGGAGAAGUUGUGGUGGAGAGUGGGGAGAUACGGAGGUGUGUUGAGGAAGUGAUGGAGGAGAAGGCGGAGGAGUUUAGAAGUAACGCGGCGAGGUGGAGUGGUUUGGCGGCGGAGACGGUGAGAGAAGGAGGAUCUUCGUUUAAUCAUCUCAAAGCUUUUGUUGAUGAGCACAGGUGA